AUGAAUCUGGACAGCUCCAAUAGAACCUACAUAAUUGUGGGGGAUUCUGUGAUGAACCCUCCCAACUUGACUAUGACCGGCGUUGAUGCCGCCUAUAUCCUCUUCAGCAACAUUACUGCAAUAUUCAGCAUUGCUGCAUGCCUGGUGAUAUUUUCUGUCUUCGUGGCCUACAAAGAGAUCAGGACUCCCAGUCGUCUGCUGCUGGUGUUUCUCAGUUGUGCUGAUGUUGUAGUGAAUAUCUCUUCGCUGCUGCAAACUGCUACGUACUACAAGAGUUUCCAGUUUCCAAAACAGACGUCAUUCCUGUGUCAGACAGCCGCUGGUGUGCUGGUCUACUCACAAGUCUGCUCGGCACUUUGGACCCUAGCCAUUACCUUCUACUUGCUGUUAUGUAUGGGAGGCCAUUGUCCCAAGGUUUCAAACAGAGUAAUGCUUUGUUUCCACGUCUUCUGCUGGUUGAUGCCCCGUAAGUUCUCUGCCAUAGGAGACAACAGUCAGUGGAUAGUGAACGCCGUUUUCUUCUGUCUGGUCACACAGAAGAUUCGAGGCGCACUGGUGAAAAAUUUUCACAGAUGGUGCAAGUUUUUCUGUGGCUGGUUCAGUAAGCACAGGAUAAUCGGCAAGAGCAAAUGGAUGAAGGUUCAGUCGAUUGUCAGAGUCAGGGCACGGUUGCCAUGGAAGUCCAGGAGCAUGGAUGGAAGUGUUGACAUUGACCUUUCAGGCAUAUCACUUGACCUGCCGGUUCCUGAAGAAGACCUUGUGGAGGACGAUGUGAUAUUUGAACGCUGA